AUGAUUAUCCUCUCUUUAAACUUACGUGGAGGAGGGAGUCGGGCAAAGAGGAAAAGAAUCGGCUUUCCUAAUAAAAAAGGAUAUGUUGAUCUUUGUUUUAUUCAAGAAACAAAACCUAGUGGUUUGGAUUUGAACGUGGUCAAAGAGAUGUGGGGAGACAACAAUGUAGAGUGGUCUCAUUUGGAUGCCAAUGAGGCCUCGGGAGGGAUUCUCACAAUGUGGAGAAAAGAUUUCUUUUCUCUCAAUUACAAUUUUAGAGGAGAAGGCUUUCUUGGUCUGUGCCUGGUGAAGGAAGGAAAACUUAUCUACUUUGUAAAUGUUUACGCCUCAUGUGACCAAGUUUCUAGAUUGAGAACUUGGAAUAAAAUUCUUGAUUUCAAAAAUAACAAUAUCGGAGGAUCUUGGUGCAUAGGUGGAGACUUCAAUUCUACCUCCUCUUUAGAUGAAAAAGUUGGAGUUUCUAACCGAGGAUAUAGAAAUGAGAUAAGGACCUUCAAUAAGUUUAUUAAUGACAUGGAUUGGGUCGAUCUUCCAACUAUUGGAGACAAGUUUACUUGGUUCAAAAGUAAUGGGAAGUCAAUGAGUCGGCUUGAUAGAUUCCUCCUAUCAGAAAGUUUUAUACACGAUUGGAGGGUGGAGGGGCAACAUAUAGGCGAGAGGGAUGUAUCCGACCAUGCUUCUAUAUGGUUGAAAGACAAUAGAAAGGAUUGGGGUCCUAAACCUUUUAAGUUCAACAACUUGUGGUUUAAGCAUGAGGACUUUACUACUUUUGUGGAAGUGGAGUGGAGAAAACUUGAAGUCAAAGGGAUAGGUGACUAUUGUUUGGUAGAAAAGAUGAAAGCUCUAAAAACUAGGAUCUCUUGGUGGAAAAAAACGUUCUAUGGGUGGAUAGAUCUUAAAAUUGACAAGGAUGGAAAAGAAAUGCACGAUUUAGAUAACUUGUUUGUUCAUUUUGCAGGUAAUGUUCCGGAAGAGGUGGUUAUGAAAAGAUUAAAAGUGGCGGAGGACUUUUGGGAUAACCUAAACAAAAAAAGAAGGGUUAUUAAGGCUAAAGUCGAGACAACUUUGGCUAGCCGAGGGGGACGACAACACGAUAUUCUUUCACAAUUCCUUAAGAGAUAG